AUUCGAUUUGUGUAAACGUAUCGUAGAGCUUCGACGUCGUAUUUCUAAACCUGGUCACCUUUUUGUGGCCAUAACUUGAUUAUGCUUGAAAAUUUUGGGUGUUAAAAAAUCGAUAUACGCCUAGAAAAACCUGAUCGAUUGCUAUUGUCUUCUGCUGUUCCCUUUCCCUUUUAUGUGGUGACAGUAGCUCACCGUAUUUCACUAUUCUAUUCGUUAUUGUAAUCUGCGGGUUUAAAAAACCACUAGCGUGUAAAGUUAUUUUCCCCCUGUGUGUAUGUCUGUUUGUGUGUGUGUGUGUGCAUGCUGUGUUCUCAAGUGCCACUCAGUGUCGUAAAGGAAUAUGAGUGUAACCGGCGGGGGGAUGGAGAGUUUGAUGGUCACCCUGCAGGCUAAGUUGCCUACUGGGCACAGAAUCGUGACAAUAUCCUUUUCAUUUAAGCAUUCAUUCUGUUAUAAAAGAAACGCUCAUUUUUGAAUUAUAUUCCUUAACCAAUUUUUUCAAGCUUUGGAAGCAGGUCUUGUACAGGAGUGGAUUCGUACCAAUCGUCUACUUGUGCUAGUUGAGAACUCCACCGAAAGUGCUCUACUCAUCUAUAUAGUGUCUAAAAAUGUAGCAGAGGAAUUCAAUCUUGAAAGGACUAUACCAUUAGAUACAGAAUUCAAAUGUGAAAUUGAUACUGCCAGUGCCAAUGUAGUAACUACUGAUGUUUUUCUCAAGUUAACCAGGAAAAAGGUGCAUUUACUCUUUGAAAUGCUGCCUGGUUUUAAAGCCAAUAAAUUUGUGGACGAAGUUGUGAAAGCUACUGAAGUGGCCAACAAGAAACGUGCCCCUCCUAAUUUUUCUUGGUUGGAAGUUUACAAUCCGCAACUUGUUUGGGAAUCGGCAACGGGUUCGGAUUCCGAACAACCAACAUCAGCAGCGACUGAGCUUCAACCAUCGUCUCAAAACUGCCAUGAUGCAAUUCCGGCUCACUUGAACCAUAAAUCAGAUUCGGAAUUGUCUAGCCCGGAUGUUACGGCUCACCGAUCUUCAAUAGCUACUGGCGGAGCCACACCCAUCGCAGCUAGGGAGAGUGUCGUUCGAUAUCAAAUGGCUUUACGAGAAACAGCUUACACCGAUCUGCGUCAGUUCAGUGUCUUUUUAGGGACUUACAAUGUCAACGGGCAGCCCCCUUCGUCCGGCCUUGCUGAUUGGCUUGCUGUUGACAAUGAUCCACCCGAUAUUUACGCUGUCGGUUUCCAGGAACUGGAUCUGAGCAAAGAGGCUUUCUUGUUUAACGAAACUCCUCGUGAGGAUGAGUGGCUCCGUGCCGUCUUACGUGGCCUACACCCAAAAGGCAAAUACCGCAAAGUCAAGUUGGUGCGCCUUGUCGGUAUGAUGCUGAUCGUCUUCAUCCAGGAGAAACAUUGGGCGUACGUGAGGGGUGUGGCCUCCGAGUUUGUUGGUACGGGACUCAUGGGUAAAAUGGGCAAUAAAGGUGGUGUGGCGAUUCGGCUUGAUUUGCAUAAUUCGUCGCUCUGCUUCGUUAAUAGUCAUUUGGCCGCUCACACUGAGGAAGUGGAGCGUCGCAAUCAAGAUUACCACGACAUUUGUAAUCGAUUGGUAUUUUCAACAACUUUCCCCAGCAAAUCCAUCAAGGACCACGAUCAAGUGUUUUGGAUUGGUGACCUUAAUUACCGGCUUUCUGGCGAUUUGGACCUUUUACGCGUCAAAGAUUUGCUAGAUCAAAGCAACUAUCAAGCAUUAUUGCAGUACGACCAAUUCCGUGCCCAGCACGUGGCUCGAAAAAUUUUCGUUGGUUACCAAGAAGGACCUAUUCAAUUCCGCCCUUCUUACAAGUAUGAUCCCGGAACUGAUAAUUGGGAUACGAGCGAAAAAAACCGAGCUCCCGCAUGGUGUGAUCGAUGUCUUUGGAAGGGUGACAAUAUUCAAGUGAAAGAGUACCGCAGCCAUCCCGGUCUGCGGAUGAGUGAUCACAAGCCCGUCUCCUCCUUGUUAGACUGCGGAGUGAAGAUAAUCGACACCGUUCGAUACCGAAAGAUUUAUGAAGAAGUCAUGAAGAAAUUGGACAAAUUGGAAAAUGAAUUUCUUCCUCAAGUUAGCGUCGAUUCGACCGAAAUUAACUUUGGAAAUGUGGCUUUCAAUGAAAUGGCCUCCAAAAUUCUCACGGUAGCUAAUACUGGCCAAGUGCCUGUCCAGUAUGAAUUUAUUAAAAAGCACCGCGAUUCAAAUUACUGCAAACCUUGGCUAUCGGCUGAGCCUUGCACUGGAUUUUUGAUGCCGGGGGAUAACUCUUACAUCACCCUGGAAGUAUUAGUGGACAAGAGAACGGCCUGGAGUCUCAACAGUGGAUUGGAUGAACUCUAUGAUAUAUUGGUGCUUCAUUUAGACGGCGGCAAAGACAUUUUUAUUACUAUUAGCGGCCAGUACCAGAAAAGUUGCUUUGGCUGUUCGAUUGAAGCCUUGAUCCAAAUGCAUCAGCCUAUUUCUCAAGUAGCGCCUCAAACUGUGUGUCAGCUGGAAAAGGCCGCUUAUCCAUCUGUAGAUCCUGGAAGCGAUUCAGACUCGAAACAACCCGUGUUAGCUGUGCCAAAAGAGCUAUGGUUCCUCCUGGACGAGCUUUAUCGUCGAGGGAUGGACACACCUGGGUUGUUUGAACAACCCGGAUUAUCAUCAGAGAUAGCAGCUAUCCGGAAAACGUUAGACGAUAGUUUACCCGACAAUCUGCCCGGCAGUGUCCAUUCAGUGGCAGAAUCGCUGCUUAUCUUCUUGGAGACCUUAAAGGAACCCAUCAUUCCGUUUAGUUUGACCCAGAAAGCCUUGGAUGGAUGUGGUGCUUUCCCUUCUUGUAAGGCGGUUUACAGCUGCCUACCGCUCUCUCACCAGCACGUUUUCAAACACAUCAUCAGUUUCUUAAAGGAGGUUUUAUUGCAUAGCAGUAAGAAUGGACUUGACGCCAAGACACUGGUGGCGCUUUUCGGAAGCGCACUGAUCCGCCUUCCGCCUCCUAAUUAUCCUAUAGGUUCCUCUAUAAGUUUAUCGCCCAAUCAGCCUCACCUGGAACGCAAACGGUCCAUGUUCAUUCACCACUUCUUAGUCAACGACUUGGAGGACUGAUCCAUAACUAACUUUUUCAUUUCGACUAAUUCCAAAACUCUUAUUUUUUUCCGUUAAAUUUCCCCUCUUUUAGGUGAAACAAUUGCAAAAAAAAUCAAACGCAAAAUUUAGUUUUCAAUUAGUCAUUUGACUUGCAGAAAUAUCGGACGAGAUAGCAGCAGCUUCUGAGUUAUUUACUGUAUAUAUAGGCAUUAGAUUGAAUGCUACCUUUUUCAAUAUCCAUGCGUGUUACGCUUAAUUAGUUCUUAAUUAUCAGUAAACGUCUUUACCGAUUCCAGUUAUAUUUCUUAAACUAACCGCUAACUUGUACCCACAGUUGUUUCCAAAGUAUCGCGGCUCAGGCUCCCCCAAAUUUCGUUCGCAUUAUGUCGACAAAAAAAAAUUAUGUUUCCUUUUUUUUUUUAACUUAAAAUCCGCUCACCUGUUUUUUGCAAUUGUUGCUAAAACUGAGUUUUCGUGUCCCGCAAAGUGUGCCUGAGCGGUAAUGAUUGAGUUGAACUAUUUUCGUGUCUGUGCAAUUGACUCGAUCAAAAUUCAAUUUAUUAUACACGAUUUCAUCUGGUCCGAUAAA